AUGAAAAGGCCAGCAACAGAGGUCGACCAAAACGAACCUUCUGAUGCAGCUGGUCAUGCUCACGCAAAGAUGGCACGGGCUGAUGAUCACCCGUGUGAUCCGGAGUUUGUCGGCCUCAAGGGAAGCCUGUUGGUGGAAGCGAUCUUCAAGAAGUAUGGAGCUGGUGUUACGACAAUCAAGUGGCUCAACGAAGAAACAGGGGAUCGCAACAUCAAGAGAGAUCCAGUGAACAGGCCAGUGAUGGAGUCCUUGGCAGAGGCAUACUGUGACAGGAUAUUGCAGUCUGGAUUGAAUCAGGAUUGUUCUGGCAGAGCGUGGAUGUGUAGUCACUCCUCUACUGCGAUUACACCCUGUCAAGCUAUCACAUACAACCACCGCUCUGAGGCAAUGUUCCGGGCUAUCCAAAGGGAACCAGAUAACCCAUUUGUCAUCAAGGCACUGGCAUCUGGCUUGGAAGGAGCAACUCGCCUAAAAGCCAACGAUUGUUGCUCUUUGACAUUUGACUCGAUUACGAGUAUCCUGAACAAUUACCUUGUCAAGUACCAGGUGAAGGAAACAGUUCGACAAUGGGCCAACACACACAUCAACUACUGUGACUUCUCCUUGAACAACAGGCCUUCGCUUGUUCCAACUCGCCAUGCUGGAACUGGUGAGCGGCUCAUUCCACAAAUCUUUCUCAAGCCUGGGAAUGAGACGGCUUCAGUGAUGAACUACAUCAUCACUCCUAUGGCAACCAGCUCCGUGUUCAAGAAGCUUGAAGAAGAAGCUGGGGCAGGGGCAGCAGGAUCAGACCAACCUGGUAAGGGAAAGGGAAAGGGAAAGCGUCGGCGAGGACAAAAAGGAAAAAUCGCAGAAGGGGCGACGGAAGCGGAAGCGACCUUUUCAGCUUUGGUGUACCCAAUGGAUGGUGCCAGUGAAGAGCAUGCACGUCCAAAGACAGCGCUUGAUGAUUUCAUGUGCCUGUUCAUGUCUGUCUCUGCCAAGUGUGAGAAAUCUUUGGGUGAGUCUUGCAAAGGCGGGCAGAGAUCGAUGCAAACCUACAAGACAUCCGUGAUCACACUCCUUGGGCAUACGGCCUCGUGCUUUUUCGAGUUUUGCUUCACAGGAUCUGUUGCCAUCAACGGCAAAUUUGUCCGAAACUACUCAAGCUUCAGGACAGAAAUGUCGACUUUCAUUGCUACGGCUUGUGAGAUGUCUGUGGCUAGCGCUUCCCAGGCAUCUGGCUCUGGAACAGGACGUGCGUCCCAGUCCCUGUCUGCACACAUUUCAGAAGUUCUGGGUGCCGACCCGACUGUGCUUCAUCUUGGUCAUGUGAAGGAUGAAUCGGAUGAAGCAAAAGCCCUUGCUCGCAUUAAGCUCGGUGUGCCAAUUGCUGUGCGGGGUGGUAUGGACACAUUUGUACAAGACGUGCUGCAACUUCCCUUGGAAUAUCAUGGGGCCUUCGCUACAGAGAUUUGA